ACCAAUUUUAUGUAUUUAGACAAUAAAGUGAUUUUAGCCAAUCAAUUUUGGAAAUCCGACAUUUAUAUAAUUCUUCUUUUAGGGCAAACAGCAUUAAGUUUGACUGUAUCCCAUAGCACUCCUCACACUCUCAUGAAAGAGAUCGCCCAAAUGGAACUGUGCACAGUUCAUAUUCUGGCCGGACCCCGGAUUAUUUUCUUUUUUAAGAAACCUUUCAGGCAUUUUUUUUUCUGAGACUGAAAAUAGAACUCAAUUAAACCAACCUCCCUUGUUUACCCUUUAUUCCCUUUCUUCUCUUACAUACACAUAUAUAUAUACACACACAAUAAUAACAAUAAUGGAAACAGCCGUUCGAAAAGCAACUCGUCUUGACUACAAUCCACCGAAACAAAAGCAUUUACAAAGUGAGUUUACAGAAUAUAAACGAUAUCAAGUACUCAUAGAAAAAGCUGUAUAGCGUUGACUAGUUUAACGUUUCAA